AUGUCGAAUUCGAACCUCAAGAAAGCCUCUAUCCUUUUCAUGCCCGACUCAUCUUCGCUCUUGGGUUCGCAGAUGGAAAAUUAUCUGGCCAGUUUGCGGUCUUUGGACCUGGGCCUCGGCCGCGACUGGACAGAGCGCAUCUUCACACGACCCUACGGGUUGACUGCGGUGGCAGCGACGGUCGGUUGUCUGUCGACAUAUCUCUUUAUCCGACCUGCACUCUCCUUCACACAGCCGUUACCAUCAUCAAUACCGGCAAAGCGCUAUGGUGGCAGGCAUCGCAAGGCGUUAGAAGUGGCAACAGACGCGGGGGCGGAGGAGGAAGGCCCGUACCCUGAGGACAUUUUCCCGGGUGGGAGGUCGGUCGAUACUCCGUACGGCACCAUACAGGUGUAUGAAUGGGGUCCUGAGAACGGCGAGCAGGUCCUUCUCAUGCAUGGCAUUGGCACACCAUGUGUGGCAUUGGGCAAUAUGGCCAACAGAUUCGUCGACUGUGGCUGCCGAGUCAUGCUGUUCGAUUUCUUUGGGAGAGGGUACUCAGACACACCAUCUGACAUUCCCUUUGACAUCCGUCUCUACACAUCUCAGAUUUUAUGCGUGUUGGCAUCGUCGCCAAUACCAUGGUACUCUUUCCACAUCCUCGGCUACUCCCUCGGCGGCGCCAUUGCCGCUGCCUUUGCCGCCUACUUCCCCCAUCGCCUCCUCUCCGUGACGCUGGUCUGUCCUGGCGGUCUGAUCAGACCAUCACACAUCAGCCUACGCAGCCGAUUAUUAUACACAAAGGGCGUCUUGCCGGAAGGAUGGGUCAAGUGGUUGAUCCGCCGGCGUCUGCAGCCUAGCCCUGGUCCCAGCGCUGAUGUACCUGUCGACGACACCGCGGAUGUCUCUGUCGACUUUGACCAGGUCGUCUUGUCCAAGGAGACGCCCUCUCUCCGAGUGGGCGACGCAAUGCGCAGACAGCUGGUCAGCAACCCUGGGUUGGUGGACGCCUAUAUCAGCACCAUUCGAAACGCACCCAUAUACGGGCAACACGACGGCCUCUGGCGACGCCUCAGCGCUCGUCUUGCCGAGAGGCGAGUCUCACGCGAACCACCGCCAGGUCUGCCGCUGGGACGGGUCUGUCUCGUCCUCGCGGAGAACGAUCCCGUGGUCGUCAAGGAUGAAUGGAUCCAAGACUCGAGGCAUAUCUUGGGCGAAUUCGGCGUCGAAAUUAACGUUCUGCCCGGCGGGCAUGAGAUCGCCAUCUCACGCGGUGAAGCUGUCGCCGACAUUGCCAUGCGCUCGUGGGAGGAAGACUUGUAA